AUUACAGUUUUAAGACUAAAAAUUCUUUGAAUCAUGUUCUAUAAUCCCUCCAAUAGUGAAUCAUUAAUUAUGACAAAUACAAUUAAAUUUUAAAUUGUAGCGCAACAUUAAAAACAAUUGCUCUUAUUUUAUCAAAACCUGAUGAACAAAAAAAUGAACAAAAAGCUGUUUUAACUUUGUCAGAAUCAAAUUUUUCUUCUAGAAAUUAUUUUCUAUAAUCAUAUCCAGCAUCCGGAGGAAAUUUAAAAUCUUUAUAAUAUUCGCACUCAGAAAGGAAAUAUAUAUGUGUAAUCCUUGAUAAUUUCAGAAAAAUAAGAUUGUACGGGAUUCCCUUGGUAAAAUUACUGUGGGAGGAUAAAUUUUAUAAAAGAAACUCCACUAAAUUCUGUGACAGUCUGUUUUUAAGAGAUCGUUGUCUGAGCAAUUGUGAAAUAAUUUUGCUUUGUUAAAAUUUUAUUGUUCCAGUGAAAAGUUUUAGAAGUGAACAAAUAAAAACAAAAGUUUGUAAAAAUGGUUUUUCAUUGGCAAUUAUUUGGACUGGUGAUUAUCACUCUGUGCUUCGAUUUUGGAGGAACCUUCCAAACGGAUCUUCUCGGCAAUGUGCAACAAUUAACAGAUGAACUAAAUUCUCUGGUUGGUGACGAAGUAUUUAGUUACGAUGUUCUAUCGCUAAAAUUAUGUAAAAAGCAACAUCCGAAUAAUGUUUCACUGGAUCUUUCAAAUUUGGAGAUAAGGAAACUUUCAGAAACUUUUGUUUCCAGUCAACAUGUAACUUGCUUGGAUCUACAGGGCAACCAAUUUUCAGAUAGUGUCGAUUUCAACAUCUUUCAAAUGCAACCAAACCUCGAAUACUUGAAUCUAGCAAAAAACCAAUUUAAUUUACAAAAUAUUGCAGAGAUUGCUUCACAUCAAAAAAUUAAAACAUUAGUUUUAGAUAACCAAAUUGUUUCUAAUUAUUACCGUGACAAUAUUUAUAGAGAAGUGAAAACAAUUCAUUUUCGUUUACCAAAUUUAGAAAAACUUUCUUUACAACAUUUACAAGAAAUCUCAAAUUAUAAUUAUAAUUCUCAGGAAUAUGACUUCAUGCAAUAUUAUGAUUUUACUUCUACGAAUGUAACUCAUUUAUUUUUGUCCGACAGUGAAAUACACGAAAUAAAUGGGAGAUUUUUCCAAAAAUUUCCAUCAACAUUAACUCAUUUGUUUGUGGAAAGAUGUAAACUUAAUUCAUAUUCAUCACCAACAAAUCAAACAGCAUCAUUAUCUUUGCUAUCAAUGGAUGGUAAUUCAUUUUCCUGCCCAGGUGGCUAUUGCAUCAAUUUCGAAAAUCAUCCGAAUUUGAAAUAUCUUUCACUGGCAAAUUGUGAAAUAAGCACCAUUUCCUGCAACGCUUUUCUCUCCAAUCAGAAGCUCGUUUACUUGGACGUAUCAGAAAAUAAAAUUGAACAAAUUUCCGAUAAAUUAUUUCUAGACACACCAGCUUUGGAAUCACUAAAUCUGAACAACAAUAAACUGAAGAAUGUACCUAAUUUCCGUAGUUUGUCGAACUUAAAAAAAUUGUACAUCAAUAAUAAUGAAAUAGAAAAUGUCGAUCAGGAUUCUUUUAGUAAUUUAGAAAAUUUGCAAAUUUUGACAUUGAGUGGUAAUAAUAUUCAUUCUAUUGAGAGUAGUGUUUUUGAUAAUCUUUUAAAUUUAGUUGCACUCGAUCUUUCUCAAAAUCGAAUCAGGAGUUUGGAAUAUCGGCCUGCGUUUAAUCUUGAAUACUUAAUUUUGUCAGAUAAUUUAAUUUCCUCGUUAGAUAAAGUAGAAUUGAGUAACACAACAUUGAAAUAUUUGGUUCUUAUUGACAAUCCUUUAAUAUCUUUUCAACCAAAUUCGUUUAAAUUUUUAUCGGAUAAUACUACAAUUGUGCUUCGUCAUUUGAAAAAUGAAAUAAAAUUGUAAGAAGUUAAUAAAUAUUUCUAAAUAUUUGUAUUAAUUUCUAAUUAACAAUCGUUUCUAAUUAAAAAUAGUUUCUAUGUAUUAACAAUAAUUUCUAAGCAUUGAUAAUAAUUCCUAAAAUGAUCGUUAACUUCAACACUAAAUUAAUAAUUCAUAAACUUUAAUAAUAAUUUCUAAACAUUAAUGAUAAUUUCUAAACAUUAAUGAUAAAAUUGCUAAAUAAUAAAAAUAAUAAUAAAUAACGAACAUUUUUACAUUUAGAAAUAUUUAUUAUCUAUCGUAUCUAUACUGUAUUAUCUUUAUAUGAACCAAACUUUACACCAAAAGAAACAAAUAUUCUUUACUUUACAAUCAACAAAAAUAAAUAACCGACCUUUAAAUUUUUGUUUCCCAUUUUCGAAAAUUAUUUUCAUGUACUAAAAUUAUAGUAGCUUUUUAUAUUUUUGAACAUUGUUAACUGUAACCUUUUGCGCAUUAUCACUCCAAUUAUUGUACACUGAAAAUUAUUGAAAUGCUCCUUUAAAUAAAUAAACGAAAAAAUCAUCAUAAA